AUGGCGGCUCGAUUUACUGAUGAUACAAAGGAGAUCCAACGCUUUUCUGAUUACACGCUACAGCCACGACGAAUGCUUCCGCCUAUUCUAGGAUAUGAAACUAUGCCUCUUGUUUCCCUGGAAGAGGCUGUCGAACCACUCCAUGCACUAGUUCCCGAGGUUGAACGCAUGACUUGGACUGUGAAACAGAAUCAUUUUGAAGAUGACCACCAUUUAACCGAUGAUGAAGCGGCUUCUAUCUUACUUUACACCAUGGAAUGGGAACCACGAAACCAAUCAUUCUACGCUAUUCUUAACGCCACAUUGCAGGCAGCAAAUCGACAACUACUUAAACCGUGGUUUCUCUUCCUUCGCUUAAUUAUGACAUCUCUUGCGAAACUCCCAUCAGAAUCCGUAAAUCUGGUGGUAUAUCGUGGUGUCAAACUAGACAUCAGUGCCCAGUAUUCUACAGGAACCACCGUAACAUGGUGGGGUCUUUCCUCAUGUACCAAAUCACUGAAUGUACUUAGCAACGAACAGUUUCUAGGACAAACUGGUACUAGAACGCUAUUCAACAUCGAAUGCCACUCCGCCAAAUCCAUCAAAACAUACUCGCUGUUUCCAGAGGAGGAGGAAGUUUUGCUACCACCAGCAAGACAAUUUCAAGUCACAGGGUGUCUUAACGCUGGGCAUGGCCUUCACAUCGUUCAACUCAAAGAAGUCCAACCCAAAUUUCCUCUUAUCAAUCCCGUCCCAGUGCCCUCAAGCACUCCACCAAAAGUUACUCCUCACUUCACAUCUACCCACAAACCGAUCUCCCCACCCAUCUGCAAAGAUCCCAGACUACAAACACACAUCGAUGCCCUAUUUUCCGAUCCAACACUCACCACCCUGGACCUCCAGGGUAAUCAAAUCAGAGCACAAGGAGCAGGUGAUCUUGCGCAGGCGCUCCUCUCCAACAAGACACUCACCACCCUGAACCUCGGAAUGAAUGAAAUCGGUGAUCAAGGAGCGGGUGAUCUUGCGAAUGCGCUCCUCUCCAACAAGACACUCACCACCCUGGACCUCGGUGGUAAUGAAAUCGGUGAUCAAGGAGCAGGUGAUCUUGCGAAGGCGCUUCUCUCCAACAAGACACUCACCACCCUGGACCUCGGAUACAAUCAAAUCGGUGAUCAAGGAGCAGGUGAUCUUGCGAAGGCGCUCCUCUCCAACAAGACACUCACCAACCUGAAGCUCGGAUCGAAUCAAAUCGGGGAUGCUUGUAAAGCGAGGAUUCGAGAGCUGCUUAAGACGCGAAGUGGUUUGGAGAUUUAUCUGUAG